UACAGCUGUCAUCAUCCCUACCUCAUCUGUUUACGUAAAUUCCCGUUGGAAUUUUAUUUUAAUAUUCUUGAGGAUUUUUAUCAAUAAAAAACAAAAAUAAUGAAUCAAGCUGAGGUAACAAAGUUGAUGUCACAGCUACGCUUUGCCUUAAGACCUGCAAAACGUCAUUUGAAAAACCCCGAUGGACCAGAGGGCCGUUUAUUAAAACUUCGCAAAACUGUGACCGCUUUGGUGAAGCAUGAGCGCAUUGAAUUGUACUAUAACCGUGCUGAUGAAGCCAGAGGAUAUGCUGAAUUGUUGAUAUCUGAUGCCAUUCGCUAUGGCGACCGUCAUAAGGCCACAAUGGAAUUGGCCGAUUUCUGGCUCUUGGAAAAGCAAUUGGUUCACAAACUCUUUAAAGUUAUUGUACCACGUUUUGAGAAUAGCAAUGUUUCCUAUACCCGCAUGUACAAGGCACCACGUGACUAUCCCGGCAUGUACUAUGACAAGGCAGUGCUUGAACUGCGGGGUCAUCCAUAUCCAUCUUUGCAACAGGACUUUUCGCAAAACCGAAAUUUUAUCCAUAAUAUUUUGUUGGAUGAAGCCCGAAAGGAGUAUAGGCGAGAGAAGUUGGCAGAAAUGGCAAAUAAGUUGGCUGCGGAAUCGUCAGAUGCAAGCAAAGUGGCAGAAGGCACAGGCAAUUCGGUUAAGGCGGAAACAAAAAGUGAACAGCAGGACAAGAUGUGAAGCUAUGUUUAGAUUUGUUUUUAAGUUGGAGCUUUAAACCCUCUAUGUAUUAAGCAAUUUGUUAAAAUUAUAAAAAAACAAGAAAUUAAAAGACUUCAUUUUAUGGUUCAA